AUGGCGCCCGUGAUGACCAACCCGUCUGUCAUCAUUUGGCCAUCCGCCUUAUCGUUGCCGGUCGACGUCCAAUCUGCCCGUCGUCUCGACCGAUUUGCCCCCCCGAAAGCGGCAUUCCGAGUCGGCAAUUCCGCGAUUCUUACGUCAGCAUCUCCGCCCCGCACUUCGGGUCAUUCCGUCCCGAUUCGUCCUCGUCUGCUUAGUCAAGCUCUCCGCCAGCAAACCAUCGUUGCUAUUGGGCACGGCAGCUGCCAAUCGGCGGAAGAAGGCAUAUCCGCAAGGACCGCAGUACCACAAGGGUUUAACAAGUCUACAACAACUCCCACGAGGCACGUAACGUUCAUAUUAUGGCCUGGCUAG